AGAGUAAAGCCGCAGCUCUGCAUCGCUCUGUAUCUCUGCUGCUUGGCUGGGUGCAGGAAUGAGCGCAGCGGUGGUGCACAGAGGAUUCCUCAAGAAAUAUGGUGGCUUCAUGUUCAAACAAUGGAAGGAAAAGUACCUGGUGUUGACGGUGGAAGGGAAUCUGAUGGUGUGCCGAGAUGCAGACUCACCUCCGGACCAGGUGGUGGCGCUGCAGAGUAACUGUGAGUCCAUAGUGGAGGGUAAAGAAAUCUUGGAUUUGCCCCGUUUGCCCUCUGGAGGCCGCAGAGACAGCUGCUUCGCCCUCAUCCUGCCCCAAGAAAAGUUCCUCCUCCUGCUCUCAGACAGUCCAGACGAGUGCACUCAAUGGCUGAAGUUACUCAGGAAGGUGAAAGAGGGUGUGACUUCCCCGCUCGCCCUAAAGAGACAGCAGAGCAUCACGCCCUGCAUCACGGACAGAGAGCCGAUUCCAGACGUGUCCAGUGACAAAGACCCCUCAUCCCCGCACCUGAGUGACAAGGGCCUGAGCUCCCCGCUGGUCCGCUCCAGAGAAAACUCCUUCAGACACAGAGGCAGCGUAAACCAGCGGCCUCCCCGCAGCCCCACUGCGGCUGCACCCCUUCACUCUGCAGACUGUCUGCGGCACGGAAACAGCAGCGACGCUCGGGCCGUGAGAGCCGUCUGUCUGCUGAUGGGUGGAGCGGCCGCGUCCUCGGCGCUGGGAUACCUCAGCUCCUGUCCACCCGCCUCCUCCACCGUGGCCGCCCACGCUCCUGAAGUGACCCACUCCACAGCGUUCUCAGAGAUGAGCGGAGGCAGCUCUUACCACGCCUGCAGCCAAGCCAUAGAGUCGCCACAUUUUAACAGCUUUGACUUUGAGGGAGACUCUGAUUUUGAUGCUUUUGACUGUGGAGGGUUUGCUUUUUAAUGGAAUAUUUUUACCUUAUUUGCAGGGCUCCCACAGUCGUGGAAAUGUUAGGGAAUUUGAAAAUUUUUAUUUUCAAGCCCAGAAAGGCAUGGAAACGAAUAAACUCUUUAAAAUGUCAUGAAAAUUCCUGUAGUGAAUAUGUCUACAGGAUUGGUUUUUUUUGUUUUGUUUUUUUCCAAGCGUAGUUGUUAAAAGCAACUGGAAAGAAGUCAGACACAUUCAUUGUCCAAAUGAUUUUGGAUGCUGCAUACAAAGUUGUUUUGUUAAAAUCUUUUCAGCAGAAAACACUAAUAGUUAGAAUUAGAACAUGUGAAGAUGCAAAUGAUUAUAUUGGAAAAUGAAACCUAUUUUUAGGACCAUUAUGAUUUUAUGCAUUGUAAUAUUAUGUUCAUGAGAAUUUAUCACAUCCCCCUCUAUACAAAAUACUAUUUAUAAUAUUAAUAAUUUUUGCAUGAAAUACGACGGUUUUGUGAGAUUAAUCCAGCUGUGCCCCUUUUAACUUGUAUGUUGUGGCUAAUGUAUGUUUCAAAUAUAAUAAUAAUAAUAAUGUUGCUUUAUAACUCUAUUAUAAUAAUGUCUCUUAGAAAUCUUAACCCAUUUUUUUUUUAUUUCUUAUUUAUCUAAUUCAAAUGUAACGGUUAAAAAGUUGUAUUAUGUAUACGUCAGACAUUUGUGGACACGAUGUAGUUUAUUUUGAUUUCAAAAAUAGUCAUCAUCACUAUAGGACUCUAAAAGAAUUUUAUUGUGACAAGAUUCAUUUACUUUUACAAGGUUUUUAAAAACUUGUCAUGAGCCCUUUUCUGUGAUUUUUGCCCACUUUGUAUAAUUCUUAUUCUUAAAAAAAUAUCUCUA